GGGGGGGGGCGAGAGAGAGAGAGAUGACUGGGUGAAUGUUGCUGAUAGCAGAGCUGAGUGAAAGGACACCUACCUCAGACGCAUUAGAAGACUGAGACAAGAAUGGACCAAUCAAAGCCACACGUAGAUGUGUUCCACUACAGGAACGAGGAACAGUCGUCCUACCUCCUGCUGCAGCUGAACCGUCUGAGACAGAACAGGGUCCUUACCGACGUGCUGCUCUGUUCAGAUAACACAGAGAUCCCCUGCCACCGUAACAUCCUGGCCUCCAGCAGUCCUUACUUCACGGCCAUGUUCUGUCACCACUUCCGAGAGACGAACCAGGAGAAGGUGGAUCUGAAGGGGAUCACCUCCAGCAUCCUGAGUGACAUCGUCGACUACGUCUACACAGGGGUCAUAACCAUCACCAUGGAGAUAGUACUGCCCCUUAUGCAGGCUUCCUCCAUGCUCCAGUACACCAGGCUGUUCGAGGCCUGCUCCUCAUUCCUGCAGGAGCAGCUGAGCCCAGACAACUGCCUCAGCAUGAUGCGGCUGGCAAAGAUACUACACUGCAACAGCCUGAAGGAGAAGGCCAGGGAGAUGGCAGUACAGAGCUUCUCCGACGUCUCUACCUCUGAGGACCUGUGUGAGCUCUCCUUAUCUGAGCUGAUGGGUUACCUGGAGGAUGACUGGCUCUGUGCUGAGGAGGAGCAGGUGUUCGAGACGUUACUGGCGUGGAUCCACCACGACCCGUUCUCACGGCGCGGCGCCAUCUCCGACCUCUUCAGGAAGGUGCGUCUGCGCUACAUCCACCCCACCUACCUGUUCCAGUUCAUCGCCAGCGACCCCCUCGUCCAGUCCUCCACCCUGUGCACCGAGGUCAUCGAGUCCGUCCGCCGCCUCAUGUUCUCCAUCACCACUAAGUGUGGGUCGGACCUCAAGCCCCUGUGGGUGACCCCGCGGCGCUUCACCUGCCGGGAGACCCUGGUUCUAGUUGGCGGCCGCAAGAACAACGAACAGACGUCCCGCGAAGCACUCCUGUUCGACGAGAGGACUCAGCGCUGGCAGUGGCUGGCCAAGCUGCCCUUGCGACUCUAUAAGGCCUCCUAUGUCUGUAUCCACAGUAUCCUGUAUGUCCUGGGAGGCCUCACCAUGAACACCAAGCACAGAGUGGUUAGCACCACUGUCUAUACGUUGUCUCUGAAGACCAACCAGUGGAGGACGACCGAGCCCAUGAUCCAGCCGCGCUUCGCCCACCAGUCUGUCUCCUACCUGCACUUUAUCUUCGUCCUGGGGGGCCUGGGGCCGGAGAAGCAGGCGUGCGACACGGUGCAAAGGUACAAUAGUAUGUUCAACCAAUGGGAGGCUAUGGUUCCCAUGCCGACGGCUGUGCUACACCCGGCGGUUGCCGCUAACGAUCAAAGAAUCUACAUGUUCGGGGGAGAGGACGCGAUGCAGAACCCUGUCAGGAUGAUACAGGUGUAUCACAUUGGCAGGAAUAUGUGGUCUACGAUGGAGACCAGGACAGUGAAGAACGUUUCUGCACCAGCAGCAGUCAUCGAUGACAAGAUCUACAUUAUCGGAGGCUACACCAGAAGAAUGAUCGCGUACGACACCAAAGCCAACCGCUUUACGAAGUGUGAGAACCUGAAGCAGAGGAGGAUGCAUCACGCCGUGGCGGUGCUCGACGACAAACUGUACGUGACCGGAGGACGCUUCAUCAACGGACACGACGUCAUAGAGGACUCCGACAGCUUCGAGUGCUACGACCCGAAGACUGACGCGUGGACGACGAAGGGGACGUUGCCGUACAGGCUGUUUGACCACGGUUCUCUGUCCCUGGUGUGUGUCUCCAACAAAUCCAAGCCUCCCUGAGUGUGUGUUGUGGAUGUGUGUGUCCCCUUCAGAUGAUACUCUGCCCGACCAAGCAAAAAGACAUUAACUGCUCAUAGCGUGGAACUGAGAAAAAUACCUUUUAUCUACCUUGGUGUCACAGUAUCUUCAUGCAGUUACUGGCUAACAUGACCCCCCAUUUUCUCCUGAACACUAUACAACCGAGGCAGGAUACUUGUCCACAUGAUUAAGAAUGUAUUUAAUGAAGCAAAAAAAUUGACAUGAACUCAUUUUGGACCAAAUGAGCAGUUAUUGCCUUCUUGCAUGGUAGGGCAAUACUGUCUAUACAUAUGUUGCUGCUCAGAUGUGACUCUGACCAACACAGAUGUUGCAAAGAACAUCUCUGAUGUCAUUUCCUGUCCCACACUGUUACGGUGAGUGAAUGAGGACCCAAAAGCGAACUAACUUAAACAGAGCUUCUUUAAUAACCAAACA